GCUCGCUUGUGAACGGAUAUAUUGGUGUUGAUAUCUUAAACUAAAUUUUAUUAUUAUAUCAUUUUAAUUCAAAAAUUUUUUUCUUUGAAACGUUGUACGCGCAUGCACAUACAUCCGGUCUUCAAAUUGUUAUUAAAAAACGAUUAUCGGUUUUCGUUUUAUUGGAAUUCUGCGACGUAAACUUGUUCGUUUCCGUAAUCCGUUCAGUGUUGACUGCUAUGUGGUUCCUGGAUUCGACCGUACAACCUUACCAGCUGACCAUAUCGGAAAGUCGGGACGUCGAUUCCUGUCCGCGACUGAAAUUUUGCUAAAAGUCGCCUUUCGUUGUUGUCUGCAGUCAGUUUCCGACUAUUUGCACUCAUUACUAUGCGCAUCAAGAGCGUUGGCUUCGGAAUCAGGCACCACGUGUGUUUGUUAAUCGUCAUCAAUGUUUUCAUGCCAAUCAUACUUGCAGAAAAUGAAAAUAUCUCUAUAAGUGACUUUAACUCGUUGGACUAUGAUAAUACUUCAACUAUAUUUAUACACAAAAAUAUCGACAAAAGUGCUUCUCAAAAGACGUUCAAUUAUAAACAUAGGUGGAAAAGUAUUUUAAAUGUUUUGGAUACAUGUAAUAAAGAAAUUAUUUUUCCUGAAAUACAAUCAAAUCUUGAAACUGAUAAAAGAAUAGUAUCAGAAAUAGAAGAAAAUCUAAUGACAAAUAAUUUUAACUCAAGCUCAGAAUUUAUAACCAAAGAUAAUUUGGCCGAAGAAUAUAUUACUAUUAAGACUCAUAUGGUAGAUGAUGAAUUUAAAGAAAGUAAAUUGCAGUCUGCCGGUGUAAGUGUAUCUGUUCGUAAUGCUACAGUAAAUGAGGAUAUUCCAUCUUUUAGAGAGUGGACUAAAAAACAAUUAGAAGAAGCUGAAAAACAACCAGCUACAAAUGAAACCAAGUAUAACCACAAUAAAAAAAUAUUGAAAAAAAAUUAUGCAUCACCCGAAUGUGGUGCUAAAGUAGUAUCUACAAAUCCUGAAGCAAAAUAUCCACACUUGUUGUUAACAAGACCUUCUGAUGAAUAUUUAUUAAAUUUAUGUAAAAGUACUACUUGGUUUGUUGUUGAAUUAUGUGAAGCAAUCCAAGUGAAAAAAAUUGAAUUAGCAAAUUUUGAAUUGUUCUCAUCUACACCAAAGGAGUUUUCAGUGUAUGUUGCUUCUCGCUUGAAUGCACGUGUAUGGACACCAAUUGCCAAUUUAGUGGCAGAAGAUGUGCGAGUAUUGCAAGGUUUUAUUUUAAAUACAACAGAUGAAAAUGAAUUUAACAAAUACAUUAAAGUUGAGAUACAUUCACACUAUGGAAAAGAACAUUAUUGUCCAAUAUCAGUAUUUAAUGCAUAUGGAUUAUCAGAAAUUGAAGUGUUGGAAAGAUCAGAUGAAAAUGGAUUGGAAAUCAAUAUUGCAGAAAAUGAAGAUGCAGAUGAUUUUGAUGCGUUAAAUGAAGAAAUUCAAAACAACCAAAAUAAAUCAAUGGAUAGUAAAAAUACGUUGCUCGAUAGUGCUCGUGUUGCAGUGAUGUCAAUUGUUAAGAUAGCUGCAGAUGUGUUAGAUAUCAGACAAAAGAAUACUAACAAUUUUUCUAAUUAUACAUCAAAUGAUAACAUUGAUAAUAUAACAGUAGAAGUCCAAUUUUCUAAAUGUAUUACUCCGGGAUACAUUAUGGUCUGUCAUGGUUGUAAUGACACGUUUUAUAAGAAAAUGUUUGACACUAUAAGCUGUGAAGCAGAUCAUUUAACCGAAAUGUAUCAAAAUAAGUACAUCCACAAUACAAUAAUGAAUAGUGAUGCGUGUGUAGAAUUCGGAUUAGAUUUUUUAACGAUAAAAAAAAAAUCUCAACGAAAUAUUUCUUUGAUUAGUGAUCGAAGAAAAAAUUUUAUCCUUUCGAUUUUUUCACGUGUUAAAAUAGCUGCAUUGUGUAAUACUUUAGCAAUUGUACACAAAAAAAUUGUAUUGAAUAAGGCAAAACGUGUGUAUAUUAGUGAAAAUUUAAUAAUAAAUCUGCAAACAUCGAUUCCAGAUGAAAAUGGAUCAACUAACAACAAUAGUUUUACAAAACCUCAGCAAUCAAAAAAUGACUCCUCCUACUCUGAAACAAUUAAUGAUCAUAAAUCGACAGUAACUAGUUAUAUUGAACCUAUCAUUUCUCAGAUAUUACCAACAAAAGCAUUUUUAAGUUCAGAUGAAGAUCCUGAAUCAUCAAACAAAUAUUAUGUUAAAGAAUCUGAAACAGUUAUUAGUGAAAAUGCAACAUUAUCUUCAUCAUUGCAUACAGAGUUGAAUUCAACAAACGAAGUUCCUACUCCAAGUUCCACUCAAUUUGAAACUAGUUAUAUUGUGGAAAAACCCAUAGAUUCUGAAUUCCAGAAUAAUAUUGAUACAAACAUUACAAAUGAAGGAGUGCUAGUUGAACCCCCCUCAGACACAUUUGAUAGUUUUUUCAAAGAUUUUGAAGUUGAAGAACAUGAUAAUGAUAAAUGUAAUCCUACAACAGCAGAGUCAUCGAUACAUCAUACUGUACAACCUUCAGUUCAAUCACAAAAUAACAAGCAAUCUUUAUUCAUUCGCUUAGCAAAUCGUAUUAAAGAUUUAGAACGCAAUAUGUCUCUUAGUGGUGAAUACUUGCAAGAACUUAGUACUCGUUAUAAAAAACAAGUUGAUGAUAUGCAACGUACUAUUUUGGAGUUAACUGAAGAAAAUAGAAUCAAAAGGGAACAAGAUUUGAAAAUUUAUGGAGAAAUAAAAUUUCUUAGUGAUCAGGUGGCUUCUCUUCAAAAUUCACUUCACUGUCUAAAAACUGAAACAGAAAAUUUGAACUUGUUUUCAGUUAUUGUUCCUGAAAGCAAUCCUCUUAAAAUUGGAAUUAUUUGUUUAUUGAUCUUAACAUAUAUACUUCUUAGAAUAACAGGUUUUAUAGGAAAGAAAAAUCAAGAAUUAGAAUGGAAGAAUUCUAAUACAGGAUCAGGUGCACGUAGGCAGUCUACAAAUGAUAUUUUAUCAAAUAUUAAAGAGAAGCACCGACGUCCUAGUGAAGAAGCAUUAUUUUCAUCUGGAACCACUCAUCAAGAUUUAUUAAUUCGAAAUAAUAAUGGAGAAAAUAUAAAAAACGAAAAGAAACGCAGAAAAAAAAGAAAAGAACUUAUUUUGAAAUCAAAAUCAAAUGCAAUUAACCUAGAAGCGGGUGGUAUUGAUGGUAACAUAAAACUAAAAUCUACCUCUAGCCUCUCUCAAUCAAAUCGAAGAGCUUCCUCGUCUGAUCUUACUACCUGUAAUGGUUCAACACACGAUUUUAUAAAAACUGCACUGUCAGUUAGAAAUAAACGAAUGUCAGGACCGUUACAACAUACCUUAAGUGUCCUUGAUUCCAAUAAAAACAAAAAUUCAACUGAAACAAAGUCUAAAAGUAUUAAAACUUUUUUGAAAAAAAUAUUUUAGAUCCUUAUAUUAGUACGUAAUUAAAAUUUUGUUGAUUAUAUUUGUUAACUAUUUUUAUGUUUUGUCCUUUGGUAUUGUGGAACUGAUGUUAUCUAUUUAUCAAUAUAAUACUGUACAUAUUUUUAUAAUAUUUGAUUUAUUUAUAUAUUUAUAUUUUAUAUUAUGAAUUAUGUGGUUCAUCACGAACAUAUUUUUGUUGAUUAUUAUAUAAUUUAGUAAACUUCA